CCGCCCCCUCGUCCUCCACUCCCGGUUCCCCAGGAAGGCCGCGAGGGUUGCAGCGCUGCUUUCGCUUUCCCUUCCCGUGCCCGCUCCUCGCUCCUCGUGCGGCGCGAGGGCCCUCGCCCGGCCAUGGCCACGCUCAGGGUCCAGCCCGAGGCCCAAGCCAAGGUGGAUGUGUUUCGCGAAGACCUGUGUACCAAGACAGAGGACCUGCUCGGGAGCUAUUUCCCCAAGAAGAUUUCUGAGUUGGAUGCAUUUUUAAAGGAGCCAGCUCUCAAUGAAGCCGACCUGAGCAAUCUGAAGGCCCCUUUGGACAUCCCGGUGCCUGAUCCAGUCAAGGAGAAAGAGAAGGAGGAGAGAAAGAAACAACAGGAGAAGGAAGACAAGGAUGAAAAGAAGAAAGGGGAAGAUGAAGACAAAGGUCCUCCCUGUGGCCCAGUGAACUGCAAUGAGAAGAUUGUGGUCCUCCUGCAGCGCUUGAAACCUGAGAUCAAGGAUGUCAUUGAGCACCUCAACCUGGUUACCACAUGGCUGCAGCUGCAGAUACCUCGGAUUGAGGAUGGGAAUAAUUUUGGAGUAGCUGUCCAGGAGAAAGUAUUUGAGCUGAUGACCAGCCUCCACACCAAACUGGAAGGCUUCCACACUCAAAUCUCUAAGUAUUUCUCUGAGCGCGGUGAUGCUGUGACCAAAGCAGCCAAGCAGCCCCAUGUGGGUGAUUAUCGGCAGCUGGUGCACGAGCUGGAUGAGGCAGAGUACCGGGACAUCCGGCUGAUGGUCAUGGAGAUCCGUAAUGCUUAUGUGAGGAGGCGAGGGCAGGGCAGGGGUGGGCAGAAGCAGCUUUCCCAGGCCACCCACUCCCUGUUCCUGCAGGCUGUGGGUUAAGGGUGACAAAAUUCAGCCUCUCCACAAGACUAUAAAUGGGUCACAGAACCACCGGGAGUCUGUGGCUGACCCCUACUCCUCCCUGUACCUGUAGGCUGUAUUAUAUGACAUCAUCCUGAAGAACUUUGAGAAGCUUAAGAAGCCCAGGGGAGAAACAAAGGGAAUGAUCUAUUGAGAGCCUUCUUUCAUUCUGUGAUGGGUGCAGCAGAGACCUUAAUCCUGUUGAGAUUUUCCCCUUACCUUGCCUCCCAGGCACAAUAAAUAGAGUCAUACUGUUGCCCAUCA